AAGGACAAACCUGAGAAAGAGUUGAAAGCACUUUGUGCAGAUCAACUGGAUGUCUUCUUACAAAAAGGUAGGCAACAUAACCCCUUAACGUCAGUGUUGAUUUGCAUCUCACCGACUAACGUUAGUAUUUUCAUUGUGUAAACAUGUAGUUGACUGACUGAUAGUAUGAAAUAAUUUGAGAGAAAUGUUUAUAAAAGUCUUAUGCCUCGAUGCUUUCCCUAUUGCAGAGACCACUGGUUUUGUUGAUAAGCUCUUUGAAUGUUUGACCACCAAAAACUACUUGGGGAAUCCACCUGCUAAGGAAGUUCCCAAAGAGGAGCCCAAACUCCCCGUGCUAAAACAGGAGGCUGUGGAGGUAAGGGCUUUUUUAAGCUUCCUCUGUCGUAUUAUGUCGCAGUCUUUGAUGAUGGGGAUUUAGCUAGCUAACUAUUGUUGUUUUCUUAAGGCUGAAAAUGUAGACGAGGAAAGGGGGGAUAACAGGAGGCGGAGAAGUCCACUGAGAAGCCGCUCUGACUUCAACGAUUCAAGGUGAGGCUGGAAUCUAUAUGUUUGCUAUUAUUUUCCUGGUGUUCUCAAGUGGCUUCCUCUUGACAGUGAUGAAGCUCUCUGGGGUCAAUAUGUUAGUUUGAUUAGGCCCUUGAGUCUAAUGGACUGCGCCUUUGACACACAAUUUAGUUAUUGUUGUUGAAAUGCUAGUCACAUCAAUAGUACAGAUUACCACAAAAACAGGAAACACCUUGAGUUCGGUGCUGUAUAGAAAGUGCUGCUAAAUGACCAACCAACAUGCCUUGAUCGCCUGACCACACAGGGGACGUGAUGACCGCAGACGAGACGACCGCAAGCGGCGUGACAUGGACCGCCACGGUAAAAGCACAGAUUCCCACCGGGAAAGGCAUGACCGGCGCGGAGGCAACUCUCGUGGGCGCAGCUACAGUCGCAGCAGGAGCCGCAGCCGAAGUGGGAGCCGUGGCAGGGACAAGGAGCACAGCCGAGGGAGAGGUGAGACUCUCACAGGGGCGCGGGCAUGGACAAAUCUGCUUUACUUUAAAUGUUAACCUGAAAGGUUGAAAACAAAUCUUUGCUAAGAACAGACAAAAAUAAAUGUGUGUAUUGAUUGGACUUACUGGUGGGGAUCCUUAAAUGCCCUCUGUGGUGUGCAUGUCUCAUAAUAGGGGUAUUUUCUCCUGGGUUAUGUGAAAUGUUGUUGCAUUUUGUGACCUUUGGGUUCAAGCUUUUCUGUGUGUCUGUCUGUGUAUGUUAAACAGAUUACAGAUCAAAGUUUGAAGUGGAGAGGAAGGAGCCCGAGAGUUUCAACUCUACCUCUGGGUCCCUGGUAACCCAACAACAGCACCAGCACCCUCCCCCACUCCUACCAACCCCCCAGCAGCACCCGUUUCCCUCCUCCGGGGGCCAAGCCGUCCCCAACUCUGUUACCGUGGUAGCGCCCGCUCACCUGCCCGACAGCACUACAGAGAGCUGGUCUAAUUACUACUCUAAUCACAGGGAGGGCAAGCCGUUCAACAAGGGCACUUCAGUCAAGCACCGCUGCCGUGACUACGACGGUAAGGGCUAACUAAAAUGAUCUAAUUUCACUCUGGUCUUAGGUCUAUAUUAUGGGAUGAGAUGUUACUGAUUCCUCCCAGCUUUGCUGUACAUCUAGCAGCAAGAUCUGGGUUCUAUUUUUGUAAGUCAUUGAGGACUUAUUCUCUUUUACAAGAACAACCUGUUUUUGUUAUGUAGCUAAACAGCUUUAUCUUUUUUUGUGAAUGAAAGGCACAAGACUAUCUUCCUGAUAACCAAAAUAAGUUCUAAUGUAAUGUAUGUACAUGCAAUAACUUGUAAAAGGAUAUUGAAUAUUGAAGCAGGUGGCCUCAUAUGGCCUUCUAAUCAUUGUGUGCUUUAGGAUUCAUAUCUCUUGACCGUUAAGCUUAGGUCUACCCUAGUCAGAUUGUACAAAUAUUUAGUAAAAUACCAGUCAAUUGUGUUCAUUUGUGGAUUAAAUGCAGUAGGUUGUGUGAUAUUCCAACCCUCAGUAAGGUGUUUGCCUGGUUUAAAGCAGCAUUUAUGACCCUGGUUGAACAUCCUUCCCCUGAGGGACACUGUUUCUAUUCAUCCAACAGUCUCAACAGCAAUGAGAUAUUUUUCACUCCACCCCACCAAUGAGAUUUCUCUCUCCAGCCUGGAUCUUGUCAGGAACUGUAAACAAAAAUUGUCAAGGUUGCCAAACCGAUAAUCUCAUUUGGGCUGAUAUAAUUUGUAUAUUAAUUUUAAAAAAGCUAUUAUUGGCAAGGAUCUUGCUGAGUGCAUUUACAUUAAGAAUGCAAUUCAUAUUUUUUUUAAUGGAAUUUUGAUCAAUCCUUUUUCCUGUCUUCCACAGAGAAAGGUUUCUGUGUGCGUGGUGACCUCUGUCCCUUUGACCAUGGCAAUGAUCCUCUGAUCGUGGACGACGUCACGCUGCCUGCCAUGAUCCCGUUUCCCCCACCUGGCAUGCCACCACCGGCCCGGAUGGCCAUGCCCCCCCACGGCCAGCCGCCCCCGGCCAUCAGGAUGGCCAUGCCCCCCCACGGCCAGCCGCCCCCGGCCAUCAGGAUGGCCAUGCCCCCCCACGGCCAGCUGCCCCCGGCCAUCAGGAUGCCCAUGCCUCCCCACGGCCAGCCGCCUCCACCGGGCAUCUUCCCUAUGCCUCCUCCUGGUGAGUGAUGUUACCAUGUCUCCAAUUAGGCCCUCACUCCUGACCUCGGAAUGCUCACCAGUCAGUGUUUGACACAGGCUAAAGCUAUAAGUAGGGCCAAUAGUUUUUCCUGGUCAGGCCACAUGAUUAGGAAAAUCCCAGGGCCCUAGCUUUAGUUCCUGAUGUGGUGAGAGCAUAGAGAGAGAGGACUCAUCAUGGAUAUGACCCCUUUUAGCGUGGACAUUGCCAUUGAGUGCUUCCACCAUGCUUCCGCCGUUUAUAAAGCAGUCAAAGUAGUCAACUGGGUGGGGAUUCCUAUGGGUUGUUUCCUCCGUGGCGCUGCCCAUGCUGUCACAGACACUACAAUGGCACAGAUAGAAAGACGAGUCCUCUGUCAGUUUCUAUGGGUCAUUUUAGGAUGCAUGGAUGUGUGUUUAGCGUCAAUGAGUAUAAAGCUGUUUCCAUUUGUUCAAGGCUUGCCUGUUCCAUGGUGAAAUAGCAAUGUUUAAGGACUGUUUGUUGUGCUGCGUAGAAACGCACCUCAGGGAAACCACUGUCUUUGUUGUCUUACCCUCACUGGUACUCACCCUAUACUUAAUGUGCAUGUCUGGAGUACUUUACUUAGCCUAUUCUGUUUAGGAGUUUAUUAAGUAAAUGGCCAGUGUCUAUUAUUUGCUGGGUUCAGCUUGGAAUUGUAUCUCUCUUAGGGCCCCCGUUAAUACCUACCAGUGGGAUAGAAACUCCCAACCACUCAGGGACGAGUUCCGCCUCCUCUCUGGGACCACCUGGAGUGGGACCUCCUCCUCUUCCUCCACCUCCUCUUCCUCCACCACCUCCUCCUUCCUCCUCUUCUCUCUCUCUACACCCCCAAUAUUCUCAGUCAGAAUGUAAGCGGCUAUGCUUUUUCUCAAUAAGCUUGGCAAAGUGGUACUUUUAUGAGCAAAGCUCCCAUAUUGUUCACGUUUUUGUCAGUUUAUUUUCUUUGACAUACACUGCCUUUCAAAUCCAUGUGAACCAAAUGGUAUUGUUCAGUUCGACUGUAGUAAGUGAGGAAGGACAUAGAAAUGCUAUUGUCUUAAAGUAUUUAUGGUCACAUGGUUCAUUCACGUGUUGGGAAUGAUUUCCUUUUUGUGUGGAGGUGUUAGUUUUGUUUUUAUGCUACUGCCUGGCCUGCAUGAUCUAGUUGUUUCUUUAGGGUGCAGUAGCAUAUUUUGACCAGAGGGGUGCACUGUUUAUGAACUAAAGUCCGCUGUUGCUGUAAGCUGCACAUUAGAUGAGUGCAAAAACUCUAUUUUAGUAAUCCUGCCCACAUAAGAGAGGAAAUUAAAAUGCAGUGCAUUUCACUACUCUCAACUGAAAUGUUAUUUUUAGUUGCUCUAGUUUAGUCCCAAGCCAUUGCAUAUUAUAUAGCAAAAGCAGACUGUAUAAUAUUGAGUUCUAUACUAGCACUGUACUUUUCCUCCCUUCCAUGUAGUUGUAGUGUAGCCAUACAGUUAAAGUAGGUGUUAUGAUGGAUAGGCCUGUUUGGGUAAUCUCACUCUCCACUGUGUAAAACAUUGUUUGAGUUCUUCUAAUGAUGUCUGUGUCUUCUCCCUUGUGUUGCCAGAUAAUUACGACCCAGAGGGCUACAACCCAGAGUCUCCAGGCAUGACAGCAACUGGCCGGCCCCAGUACAGGCAGUUCAUCCCCCGCAUCCAGACCCAGAGGCCCAACCUGAUCGGCCUCACCUCCGGGGAUGGACAGGGAUCCAGAGGUAUCACAUGUGGGUCUUACUUUGGUGGUUUAGGUUGGGCUUUCUGUCUGAUCCUAACCCAUAGUACACAUGAGGACUUCCAUAUUUAGGGCGCUAUAAAAUCUGUUUUAUUUUUUGCCUGAUUCCAUUUAAAUGUUCCCAAAACUUAAUUGGAUGUUGUAAGUCCACAAAAAUGCUUAAAUCGCAUCAGGAGACCACUUUUGAAGUCUGGGAAUUGUGCACCUAGCCAAGAGGGUGUUGUUUAUCAGUGUUUUCUGUAGUGUGCAUGUGAUGGUUGAGUUUGCAAAACAAAUACCCACUGGAUUGAUUAAAAUAAUCAUUAUAUAAUUCUGCCAGGUAAGCAUAGGGCCUUGUGGAAUUAUGCAAAUAUAUCCUGAAGUUUGUAGUUAACAUUUAAUUGAAGGUUUUUGGGAAAGCCUUUCUAUCAACCAGAAGACUGUUUUCAUUAGCUAGCGUCAUCGCUAAUAGCUACAGAAAGUGGUAGAUGCGUGCACUGCACAUGUACAGAAGGGCAUUCUCCUUGCCUCUUCAGAGAGUUGCAGGAAAUGCGAAUCACUGAUGCAUUCUGUUCAUGUCUUAUGAUAAACUUGAAGUUAAUUAAUGUUCAAUACAUUUAAAUUGAACAAAAAUAUAAACGCAACAUGUAAAGUGCUGGUCCCAUGUUUCAUGAGCUGAAAUCCCAGAAAUGUUCCGUAUGCACAAAAAGCUUAUUUCUCUAAAAUGUUGUGCACAUAUUUGUUUACAUUCCUGUUAGUGAGCAUUUCUCCUUUGCCAAGAUAAUCCAUCCACCUGACAUGUGUGGCAUAUCAAGAAGCAUGAUCAUUACAAAGGUGCACCCUGUGCUGGGGACAAUAAAAGGCCACUUAAAAAUGUGCUGUUUUGUCACACAACACAAUGCCACGGAUGUCUCAAGUUUUGAGGGAGUGUGCAAUUGGCAUACUGUCUGCAGGAAUGUCCACCAGAGCGCUUGUCAGAUAAUUGAAUGUUAAUUUCUCUACCAUACGCUGCCUCCAAUGUCGUUUUCGAGAAUUUGUCAGUACUUCCAACCGGCCUCACAACCGCAGACCACGUGUAACAGCGACAGACCAUCAUGCUGCGUGGAAAUGAAAAUAAAAGUGCAGGAAAUGCAUGCAGAAGUUGAUGUAAAUGCAGGAAAUUAUUUGUGUUUGGAGUUGGAUUGAACAGUAUAGGUGGAGCCCCAUGGAAAUCACUUAUAAUUUAUGUGGUGCCACCCUAGGGUCAUGAGAUACUCAAAGCAUAUUUGGAACAUUUAUUAUUCAUAAACAUACAAUACCGUCAAAUGUCAAUAAUUGUAAUAUUAUAUUUUUCCAUAUCGCCCAGCCCUACAAACACUGCCAUUUAAUCUUUGAUAUUGUUGAAUGAGCUAAUUAUUUCAAAGGGAUAUAAAACGUAUUUGGUUGCAAUGUUUUACAUCAAGGGUGGUCAACCAUCCUCCAGGAGAACUACUGGGUGUGCAGGCUUUUAUUCCAGUCCCCCUUUAACAAACCACAUUUUAGAAAUUAGCUGCUCGACCGAACCUUGUUAAACUGGCUCUGAUGUGUUUGAGCAGGGCUGGAUCAAAAGCCUGCACACCCAGUAGCUCUCCAGACUGAGGGUUGACCAUACACAUUUUUUUUUUAUAGAGUUGCCUAACCGGUAUUCUACUUUGUGGUGGGGGGGUUAAGUGCCUUGCACAACGACAGGAGAUGGUGCAUGGGUUCAGAGAGCAGCUUUCCAGUGUCCAUACCACAUUCAUGCUUACUUUUUUAUACGUACAUAGACGCUGCCAAUUGUUGGUCAUGGAAAUUUGGUGUAAAGUCACAAUUCCAUCUGUCAAAAUGUGUAUGAACCCAGACUAAACAUAUCCUCAGUGUCAUCCAGACACAGCGGUCCAGAUUCUAGCUGUCAUUAUGACUGACGUUGUGUUUCUCCUGUCCCAGCGGCUAACAUAGUGAUCCAGACAGAGCCGGCAGUGGCCAGUGUCCCCAGCAGUGUGUCAUGCUACAGCAGCACAGAGCAGGAGAGUAGGAAGAGGCCCCUGGGGCCCACAGAGGGUCCACCGCCCAAAACAACCUGGAUGGACAAGUAAGAACACACACAGUAUCCACCCUCCACUGCAGAGUUGGGCUCGAUUCCAGGUCAAUCGCAGUUUUUUUAUUUUAUUUGACAUUUCCUCUGUAGGAGUGCAACUAAUGUCCUGAAUUUAGAUGACUUGUCACUUAACCCCAACUCUGCUUCACGAUAGACCACCUCUGACCUCAGAGCAUUGUCAUUGGCUCCUCUGCCUUGUCACUCAUGUCUGUGUGUCAUUAUCUUCCAGACCCAACUACCAGGCCAACAACCAACUCACCUUCCCCAACAACAAGCCCCAACACGGGGGCUUCCCCAAGAAGAAUCACUACGUCAAUACUAAGCUUGAAGUUCGCAAAAUCCCCAGAGAUCUCAACAACAUCACCAAAUUGAAUGAGCACUUUAGCAAGUUUGGUACCAUCGUAAAUAUUCAGGUAAGAUAUCUGACAAUUCCUUGAAACCAUUUGUACCACUAAACAAAGGGUUCUAUUUAGAUCAAUAAAUGUUAGGGCGUCUACAUACAGUUUACUUAUGAGGCCCCGUGAAGCUCAGUUGGUAGAGCAUGGCGUUUGCAACGCCAGGGUUGUGGGUUCGAUUCCCACGGGGGGCCAGUAUGAAAAAAUAAAUAUAUGCACUCACUAACUGUAAGUCGCGCUGGAUAAGAGCAUCUGCUAAAUGACUAAAAUGUGAUCAAGGACAAACCUUCUGGCCUUCUUCACUACUUUCUGACAUGUCUCCUCCAAUAGGUGGUGUUUGGUGGCGACCCCGAGGCAGCUCUGAUCCAGUACACAGCCAACGAGGAGGCACGGCAGGCCAUCUCCAGCACUGAGGCGGUGCUCAACAACCGCUUCAUCCGAGUGUACUGGCACCGUGAGACCAACACCCAGCAGCAGGGACAGGGCAUGGGCCAGGCGGACGGACACGGACAGAGCUCUGCCAUGGGGCAGCAGCACCCCAAUGUUCACAAGGUGGACAGAGCCCUUCUAACUACAGCUAAAACCUUUUUAGCUGGCCAAGCAUUUAUAUUCAUUCAAACAGCAGUUUUGAUUUGGAACGGCGAAGUUCUAUGUUCCAGGUUAGACAUGAUCACCAUUCUCUCUUGACUCUUAUGUAUCUAUAAAUCAGCAGGUGAUCAAGCAGCACAGUCCCGGGGCCUAUGUGCUGAAUAAUAAGACGGUGACCAAACAUGGCCUUGGUGUUGGGGCUGUGGCCGGGGGCAAACUGGACGCCCUGCACCCCAGCGCAGACCCUGCAGCGGUAAGCCGUCAGCUCCUAUGGUCUGAGUGUGCCCCUAUGCAGGGCUACACCAUGGUGUUGUAUGAUGGUAAAGAGAGUGGAUUGAUAGUAAUCAAAGGGUCUGUCUGUCUCUUCCUGUCGUAGGCACUCUUCUCUACCUCUGUGGCCCUUCAGAAGGGACCCUACAGCUCCACAGUCCUCAAGGGAGCGUCCAAGUCACUUGGUAAAACUGCCAGAGCGCUUGAAGCACAGGAGGUCUUGAAAAAGAAGCAGGCAAGUCAUUUUUGCCGUCUGUAUUUGGAAUGAUUUUCAUAGUGUUGCAUUACCUUUUAUACACAAGUCAAAAUGACACUAUAAACUAUUGUUUGGUUUGUUGUUGUUUCAGGAGACAUUGAAGUUGCAGCAGGACAUGAGGAAAAAGAAGCAGGAGAUGCUGGAGAAGCAGAUUGAAUGUCAGAAGGUAAGAUGGUUGCUUAUACUACAUAUAGUUAAUAAUUUAAAAGAUGCCACCAUCCCCACCUUCCAUGUUAGAGUUGCACUUUAACCACAUGCUGUGAUCAUCAUUGCGUUGUCCUUUCACUAUCAAAACAAGUACACCUCUAGACCAAGAGACCCUGGGUGUUGUCCUGGAUACCCUGCUCAUCUAACAUUGGUUAGUCAGUUAAUCUCAUGUCCUCCCUCCUAUAGGCUCUGAUCAACAGACUUGAAAAGAACAGGGCCACAUUGAAGCCAGAGGAGAGGGCCAACAUUAUGAAGACUCUGAAGGAUCUGACCGACAAGAUCUCCCAGCUCCAGAACGAGAUGAACCCAGCCUCCCUCUCCACAGCCAACACGGCUCAAUCCAAGACGAAGACAGACGUAAGUCUACCUACCAUAUCAUAUGGGGCCAUAUUACUUUACAGAGGUAGCGCAGACAUUUUUUAUUUAUUUAAUUAGUCAAUGUAGUGCAUGCCAUAGAAAUAGACUGAAUAGAAAGGGUGUCCCCAUUCAAGUCGAUGAUGGCAUAAUGGGUAGACUGGUGGCCAUUGUGAUUGUACCCAUAGGAGCAAAGCAGGAAGUAAAAGCAGGAAGUGUACCCAUCAAUCUGUGCUGUGAUUUGUUGAAUCAACUCAACUGACAUUACAAAAAAUACAUUCCAUUGCAUGCACCAAAUCAGUUAACAUAAUUUGAAUUAACAUUCUACAUUACCAUGGAAAUUAUUGCAUCACAAUACCAGGCAGCCAUUGCGAGUGUGAGUACCCAUGAAUUUACCAGUCAAAUUGCCAGGGUUAAGCCCCGCUUCCACUGGCACUUAAAAUUAGGGGCAAAUUCGAGCUGGGUCGAGGGAAACCUGGGCCAGCGCAGCCCAGAUUCACAACUGGUGCCAGUAUAUACAACUGGUGCCAGCCAGUUACUAUCCACCAGCUAAUCACUGCUGGAUGUUGACACAUUUAGCUAGCUCAUCUGGGCUUGUUGCUGUUAACUAGCACAUGGACAAGCAGUACUGCAGUAGUCAGACAUGACACAAAUUACCACCAUAGCUGGAUCCUCAUUCAUUUUUGCACUACAGAAUAAACUUUUAUGAGAACAGUCAGCCCUCUAAUGCUAGCUACCAAACGUUAGCUAGCAAAUCAGAGUUGAAAAAACCUAGCUAGCUAACGUGAGCUAGCAGGAAUUUUAGCCGGCCAGUUCGUAUUGAAAGCUAGCAGCAACAUAUCAAACGCUAGCUAGCUAGCCUGUUAUGCUAGCGAUGACACUAACCGUUUUGCUAGCUAGCUAGCUAGCAUCAACAAGUUAACUACAUGGCUCUGAGCAGUGGCGGCUCCUGAAAAAAUUCUCAGGAGGGGCAAUUUUUCUGAUGAUUUAGGUGACCUACACACAUUUUUUAAAAGAUAUGUCCAGCAACAACAUGAAGACAGGGGCAGCAUAUAAGUCAAUACCAGAAGCAUUUAUUGACUGAUCUCAAAAGUGUUGGCUUACAAAAGCAAAAUAAGUUAUCACAGUAAAAAUAAUCAAGGGUGUUCUUUCACAUUCCUCAACACUGCAUAAACAAUAUGUAUGGCUUUGUAAAAAUGAACAACCAUAUUCUGGCCAAUUGUAUAGAUUUGUAAAUAUGAACAACCAUAUUCUGGCCAAUUGUAUAGAUUUGUAAAAAUGAACAUGAACAGAUUUUUUUAUUUUUUUAUUCCUCUUUUUAGUCAGCUUUAGAAUGUGUUCAUACACUUAUGAGCACCACUGUACAGUACACAUAGUAUAUAAAAUAAGAUAGAUUACACCACUGGCCAUAUAUAAUGACAAUAAUGUAAUUUCAAACACAAAUGCAGUCUCCUUUCAUGCAUACAUUUUCAAAUAAAGCUCUGCUUUGAGAAAGAUCGAAUGAUAUUGUUUAAUCUUUAUCUUACCUUAUGGCCUGCACACUGCUUGCGAAGCUGUCGAGGGCACGUUUGAUAAAGACAGCAUCGAUGUCCUUAUUCUGUAGCUUCUGGUACGGUGGGCUGGUCAAAUGAACCCAAUGAACCCGUCCGGAUGGCUUCAAAACAUUCUAUGAGGUCGUCUCGAUUCUCGUAGACAGUGUUCACGACUCUGCUGUUGCUAACCUCAUCGUUGUGGCGGCGGACAGCUAGCCUGUAUCCCUCAUCCAGUUGAGUGGCAAUAUUCACUCUCACCAAAGCAGACAAUCUCAAACAGCUAUCAAUGUGGGUCUUUGACAGCUCAUUUUUCUUAAUCUUUUCUGAAAGAUGGUGCAUGUCGGUUACACCAGUCGCUGUCCAAGCGUUGCUGUCUGCCGUUCAUGGUUACGUUACGUUACGUAUGACGAAAGCGCGUAAGUGCAAGCCCUCAGACACCCAUAGAGAAUGUAUUGAAAGCUCAGAAAUUUGAAAAAAAUAUAUUUUACAUUAGAGGCUAUGAGAGACUUCUGGGCGAUUUUCAACCUGACUGAAAUCGCCCCAAAACGGGCGGGGACAUUUGAAGCACGACUUUAGCCUGAUUGGACAUUUAGUGGCUGGCAGAUCAGACGUGAACACUGAACUACUGUUGCCAUGAUAUAAUUGAUUAGAAAAAAAAUCCCUUCCUUUUCCCGUUUGGCAGUGCGUCGCCCAUAUCGCCCUAUUGAACACACCGCCCAUGGCUCUGAGUCUGGCUGGCCCUGGCAGGAGUAUGGGGUAACGUUAGUUACAGCAUGGUGAGGAUGAAUUAGAUAGCUAGCAAUAUUAGCGAAGCCAGCUGCAUAGUUACAUAUUGGCUACCUAGCAAGAUGACAUUUCAAAUUUCUGGAGGCAGUGGAAACACAAUUUGAGCUAGCCCACCAAUGCCAGCCCAACCUGGGUUGUCUUCAAAGGUCCAAUGGAAAUGGAGCUUUAGAGGCUCCAAGCCUGUUCUGUACUCUGAGUUGAUAUUCACGUCAUAAGAAGGAAUUCCCAUUGACCACGCUCACAAUCAUUAUUUCCUAUUGACCCCCAUUGUAAAAGAGCCAACUUUGUUGUUAAUUUUUAGUUCUACAAAACAUGACAAAGCUGAUGUGGUGUUCAAUAUACAUGUAACCUGGUCAAACACCCUGACCUACGGUUCACAAUGCUCCCACGUAUGAAAAUGGAGCCUGCCAGAAGAGCCCUCACGUGGCUGCUAGCGCUGUCAUGAAAAGGGGCAUGAGGGAAGCCCUACAAUAUUACGUUUUUCUAAGUAGUGAGAACGCUCCGGAGCAGGCAAUGUUGAAAAGUAAUCUAUAGACAUGUUGUACUUUUCUUAAAUGUAGUUUUGUAAUUGAAUAAAACAAGCAGACAACAAGAACAUUUGCGUUUGAAAAUGUUGUGAGCCAGUGGGGUAACCACAGGUUGUUUUUACCUGAAGGCGGGCAGAGCCACAACGUUCUGUCUAAUACCAACUGGGAGUAUUCAUUUUAUUUCUAUGCGUUGUGGAAAUCCCAAAAUAAUAUCAAUGGUGCUCUCCCUCAGGCACAAAAGGAGCUUCUGGACGCAGAGCUUGAUUUCCACAAGAAGAUGAGUUCUGGAGAGGACACGACCGACCUGAAGAGGAGACUGGGUCAGCUGCAGGUUGAGGUGGGUACACAGGGCGUCCAUACUUUGGGAAGUCCUCUCUCUAGCGCUAAUGACCAUGUAUGGAUUGUGGCGGUGUUCUGGCAUACUGAAGGAGGUGUGGCCGCCUGAACAUCUCCAGAACACGUGUACUGUCGGUGGAUAUGCAACCUUUACAAGAAUGGUCUGAAGUGAGCAGAAAGGUAUCACCUUGGAUGUUAACAUAUGCCUUGGCCUCACAGCUGUCUGUUGCUAGUCACAUUAUGUCGUCCUCUGUGUCAGAGGAUCAGGCUGUAAACAAGAAACUUGUUUUUGUUAACAACAGCCCUCUGCAUGGCUUUUCCAGCCUGGUGUGCUUAAAUUAGCCACCAUGAAAUAUGCAUGCUUUACCCCUCUUCUGCACAUUAAACUGCAGGCACUUACCAAGCCCAGAGGACACCCACUAACGAAUCCUAACCAAACACAGAUCCUACAUUGAUGCAUCUGAUGUCAUUAAAGUUUGAGAUGGUGUUCCUUGUAAGAAACUGGAGGGAUGACAAUUAGGAGGAGGAGGAGGGAGGAGGGAGGAGGAGUGGUGAGGAGGAGGAGUGUUGGCGCUCUGCUCCAAGCCAUCAGGGCCACCACAGUCAGUCUGCUGGUACAUGUUCCCUUGAACUCAUUAAAGAUGGAUACCAGGCCUGUGGGGACACUGGUUCUCAGUAGCACUACAUUUUCUUCCUGGAUGCUGACGCUGCUGCCUGGCACUGUUUGGUGAGGACAUGUCAGGUGACACCAUCUCCACCACCUUGGUUUGGGGUCUGGUGACACAUGUCUUGGUUCCACAUUUGGAUCUGUGGCAUCUCCUUAUAGUGUCAGCUGGCACCUUGUGCUGAAUGUUGUUGAGGAAUGGAAGUUAGCUGUGGAUCUGAUGACCUUGUUGACCGUGUUCCCCCCCAGGCCACCCGGUUGGGCCUGAUACCGACCGGGCGGGGGAAGGUGGACGAUGCAGCAGCCGUCAGGGGCAGGGGCCGAGGAAGGGGCAGGGGACGGGGACACAGAGGAGGAGUCAGAGGAGGGGGAAAUCACAUGGUGGUGGACCACAGGCCCCGAGCCAUCGCCAUCUUGGGAGUCACACCAGAAGAGAAGGAGGAGCUUAUGCCUCACUUUGUGGUAAGGAAACACACCCUUAUGACAUCCAGCUAGUCGUAUGAUUUCCCCAAAACGUCUUAUUUUAACCGUGAAAAGUCUGAGCUCGAUGUCAUCCAGUGGUACAAAGCAUGAAUCAUUAUAGUAGUAAAAACAGUGCUUCCACCAGAGAGAUGUGUAAAGGAAUUUCUGCUGGUAUUUACGGCGGUUUUGUGUAUUCUCGUCUUUGUCACAGAGAUUUGGUGAGAUAGAGGAGCUCCGCGAUCAGGAUGCUACCAGUGUUGUCAUGACGUUCAAGACCCGGAGCGAAGCAGAGAAUGUAUGUUCUACAGAUGACAUACACACAGUAACGUUUUAAUGCCUUUAUAACCCAGCAAGUUUUUCAUAAGUUUUAAUUGAAUUUAGCCAUUCAUGAUCAUUUUCACAUGUUAUAGGCGGCAAACCAAGGAGCAAAGUUCAAAGGUCGCGUUCUACAGAUUUCAUGGUACAAGCCGAAGACACCAUCCGUGUCCACAGAACCUGAGGAGGAGGACUCGAAGGAAGAGGUCAAUGCGGUACGUUACUAAACAUCUUUCCCCAUUCAUUUUCUGUUAUUGUAGCAUUUUGGAAAACCAUGUUAAUAAAUCAUCUUUCAAUGAACUGCUUGAUCUAAUGACUUAUUUCAUUUGAUUCCUCCAGGAGGAAGUCAGCUCCUACCUGCUCAUGGAGGAAGAGGAAGACGACGAUGAGGAUGACGAGUAUGAGUCUCGUUCAUGGAGGCGAUGA